GAAGACACUGAACGAAUAUGGAUCAAAUGAAAACGUAUUGAGUAUCGUUGAAGAGUUUGUCAAGGCUACUGCUUCACAAAUCCAGGAGAGGUUUGAAAAACUUCAAGAAAUCAAAAUGCAGAGUGUAAACAAGGAUUCUAAAGAUUGCCAUUGUAGAGGAUGUGAAUCUGAUGGGAUGUGUUUGGAGAAAGGCUUGAGUGCCAGUUCACGAUCUUUGGAUAAUCUUUUCUGUCGUCAUUGCUUUAUCUUUAAUUGUCCUGUGCAUGGAAAUUUUCAACCUUUAGUAUAUCCUACGGAAAAGCAAAAACCUUGGUCUGGACAUGAAGGUGACAGACAACAACCAUGUAGCGAUCAAUGUGCCCUUCUGGUAUUCUUCUUUUUCUUUCUCUGA